AUGGCGAGAUUUUUGGACUUCAUUUUGCUUCUUCUUUUGGUUACUUCAGUUAAUUUUUUCCCUUCUGAAGCACGUCCUCUCAAUAUCUUGAAGAUUUACGACCCUGACUUUGACAAUGUGGCAACUUUUGAUUGGUUAACUUUAGGUUCUAUUAAGGAUGGGCCUAGUCUUGGUGUUGGCCAUAAGUUGACAAACAGAGUACAAACGCUUGAAGGAAUUAAGGAGUCAGGUCCAAGCCCUGGAGCAGGACACUAAGUUGUCACUGGCAAUCAUCAAUUGUGACAUGAACCACUAUAGUGUAAUAUUUGGCAUGCCUUAAAUUUUUAUUAAUAUUGAUUUGUUUCAUUCUUUGCAUAUAUAAUGUGUUAUUCGCUUUAAGCUAG